UGAAACUAGGAAAAAUCUGAAAUGGGAAAAAAUGCUCGAGCUUUACAAGGCAAUAAGCACAACAGUGGUGCUACAAGCUUUGCUAAUCGAAGAGUUGAUAUGAAAGAGAAGAAAGGAGUGUUUAGCGAAUUGGCAUUUUUCAAAUCAGUUUACGCCAAAGAAGAUGGAAGCUUUAAAGAGGGCACACUUCCUCAUCAAUUUGUGGAGGAUGCCAACAAAAAGGUCCAAGAAAAUCUUGCGAGUUCCUCUUCUUCAAAGCCCGUAAUUGAAAUUGAGAAUGCAGUCUUUAAUGAGCUCAUGUAUAAAGGUGAAGUACCUAAACGUCCUCUGAAUUAUGGAUUUGGAGUGAAGCAAAGCGACAUCUUUGGAGUGGAAGGUUUGCUGAGGAAAGAAGGGUCAAGCUAUGUUAACAACAAUGCUAUGGAAGUGGAGAACAUGAAAGGUGAAAUAUCAGUUGUCAAGAAGCAAAAUGAGGACCUUGCGCAACAAAAUCAAGUUCUAAACACCAAGUUUGAAGAAACAACACAAUCAUUUAAAAUGAUUGCUUCUUUUUUGGGACAAGUUUUGAAGGAAGUACGCAAAGGGAAUGUUUCAUCGAACCUUUUAGAUGGUGCGGAAUCAGCAAUAAAUAUGAUUACUGAUGAUUCUGGUGGCAAUGGUGACAACCAGGCCGAGAAAUGAGACUUUGACACUAUUGCCAAAUGCAAGAUUAUUGAUGAUUCAAGUGGUAAUAGUAAAUGUAGAUCAAGAGAUGAACAAGUUAUCUUGAAGCUAAGCUAGCAUAACGAUAUGUUUACUUGUUCGUAGUCAGGAAGUUGUUUUUAUUUAGUUUUGGACUAUCUUGUAG